GUGGGCGGGACAUGGAUUCACUUGUUCUGUUCCUUUCCUGCUGAUGCUGAAUAUUGUGUAGAAUAAACCGCCAUUCAUGUAUUCCACGAUUCUCUAAAUUGGUGCUUCAACUACAAAGGUAUGUUAUCUUUGGUUCAGGUUCGGGAAGGUUUUUCCACUUCUGAGGUUGGGCUGGCCUUCAAUGCAAAUAUAUGAAUGGCUGGAUGAGUGGUCCGUCGUUCGCCUCCCCCUCUGCAGAGGUGGCAGAGAUGAACCGUAUCCAUUAUGAGUUGGAGUACACAGAGGGCAUCAGCCAGCGUAUGCGCAUCCCUGAGACACUUAAGGUGGCUUCGGAAAACCAGAGCAGUUCUCUGCCACCCCAGCAACCCCUGCACACUCAUUCAACUCUCAUGCAGGUGCCUGAGAGGAUUGUUGUUGCAGCAGAUGACGGUGAUUCACAGUUCUCCUGUCCCAGAGACUUGGACCUGAUUCAGUCCAUCCCUGCAAUGGACCUUCUGGACAUGAAAGCCCCACCUCGUGUUCUGACACUCACAGAAGAACCACUGGACUCACUGGAAACUAACCAAAGCGCCAAUUCAGGGAGCAACCCUAGCCAUGCAACUCACUCCAGAUCUGGAAAAGAACGCAGUGCCACUGAGUACAUAUCUGCUCGCCACAGCAGUCAGAUUAGCAGAGGCGAAGUAAGUGUGACACCCUCCCCGAUGGCACCCCCCGUCCGCCUGUGUCCCCCCCUGUGUUCCCCUGAGGAUGCAAACAUCAACCUGUUCACAACAGCCGGCUUCCUGUCAUACAUCCAGUCCACCACGCGCCGGGCUUACCAGCAGGUCCUUGAGGUCCUGGAUGACAGCCACCGCAGGACACACCUGGAUAUCGCUUUGGAAAUGAACCCCGAGGACUGUGGCUUAGUGGAUGCCUCCUCAUUACGACGACAGAUCGUCAAGCUGAACCGCCGACUGCAGCUGCUGGAGGAAGAAAACAAGGAGCGCUCCAAGCGAGAGGUUCAGAGAAUUCGGAGAAAUCACUCCACGUAAGCGGCAUGGCUGGAAACCAACAUUGAAUGACCGUGACCUUUGAUCCCUCAGACGGCACUGCACCAAAAACCGACAUCAAUCUCUAAAGGAUAUCACCACAUGGGCUUAAGAACACUUCAGAAAACCACUGUCACUAAAUACAUUUGGUCGCUACAUCUGUAAGUGCAAGUUAAAGCUCUACUAUGCAAAGCGAAAGCCGUUUAUCAACAACAUCCAGGAACGCCGUCAGCUUCUCUGGGCCCGAGAUCAUCUAAGAUGGACUGAUCCAAAGUGGAAAAGUGUUCUGUGGUCUGAUGAGUCCACAUUUCAAAUUGUUUUUGGAAAUGUUCGACAUCGUGUCAUCCGUACCAAAGGGGAAGUGAACCAUCCAGACUGUUAUCGACGCAAAAGUUGAAAAGCCAGCAUCUGUGAUGGUAUGGGGGUGCAUUAGUGCCCAAGGCAUGGGUAACUUACACAUCUGUGAAGGCACCAUUAAUGCUGAAAGGUACAUACAGCUUUUGGAACAAUAUAUGCUGCCAUCCAAGCGCCGUCUUUUUCAUGGACACCCCUGCUUAUUUCAGCAAGACAAAGCCAAGCUACAUUGAGCACGUGUUACAACAGCGUGGGUUCGUAAAAAAAGAGUGUGGGUACUUUCCUGCCCCGCCUGCAGUCCAGAUCUGUCUCCCAUCGAAAAUGUGUGGCGCAUUAUGAAGCGUAAAAUACGACAGCGGAGACCCCGGACUGUUGAACGACUGAAGCUCUACAUAAAACAAGAAAGGGAAAUAAUUCUACUUUCAAAGCUUCAACAAUUAGUUUCCUCAUUUCCCAAACGUUUAUUGAGAGUUGUUAAAAGAAAAGGUGAUGUAACACUGUGGUGAACAUGCCCUUUCCCAACUACUUUGGCAUGUGUUGUAGCCCUGAAAUUCUAAAUUAUUUGCAAAAAAAAAAUAAAGUUUAUAAGUUUGAACAUCAAAUAUUUUGUAUUUGUUGUGCAUGCAAUUGAAUAUGGGUUGAAAAAGAAUUUGCAAAUCAUUGUAUUUCGUUUAUAUUUACAUCGAACACAAUUUCCCAACUCAUAUGGAAACGGGGUUAGUAUAAAAGACUUAGUUUAAUCUGGUUCAUCGGGGCCUCACUUGGAAGCGAUGCAGCAUCAAGGGAGACAAAAAGUCAAGUUACUGCUUCAUGCUUCAACACAUUUGCUUUUUCCUCCUAGAAUCGUGACAAAUACUGAUUUUUUGACUGCUACAUCGUGGUAAUAAUGCCUUCCUUUUAAUGGUGCAAAACUAUCAAAAUGGAUUCCAGUGUGUUGGACAUUCCUGCUAUCAUUAGAUAGAAAAGAAUUCACUUUGGCAGCCGAGGAGAAAAGCUACAAUAAAUAAAUGUUCUCGAAGACUAAAACUAAAGAUGCCACAAGGUUCCUGCAGGAUGCUUGCUGUGUGGUGUUUUACCCAAAUGUGUGUGCAGUAGUGACCUAGGUUCAAGUGUUUGGCUUCUUCAGCUGUUACUUAUUUGUGUGAACCGUUCAUAUCAGGAGCUUUUUUAGGCAAGAACACUUGAAUUCCAUCAAUCUACUCACUGAUGGACCACACACACGUUCCCCUGGAAAAUCCAAGGACUUAUUUUCACCUCCGUACAAUAUUCUUAUCGCUGUUGUUUCUGUGAUGUGAAAGAUGAAUGUCACUAUAUUUUAUUUAAAAAAUUAGUAUUAGGGUUGUUUCUUUGUAUUUAUUGUUCCAAUAUACAAGCAUAAAUACAGAGUUUAUUUCGUAUCACUCAAAGGUGUUUGAGAGUAUACCGUAUUUCCUUGAAUUACUGCCGGGUUGAACUUGCUUCGCAAAAUAAUUAGCCCAUGCUUAGUAUUACCGCCUGGUCAAACUCGUGACACUUCCCCGUCAUCAUUUUCAAAAUAAAAGAGGCUGAUUUCAAUACCAGUAAUUUCCAAUUGCAUAAAGGGAAGAAGAUUAAGAGCUAUUCAAUAGGAUUUAAGGUCCAAGCUUACAUCAGACUCAAAUUUUUACCGUAUACCUUUGGUAAGUGCCGGAGUGAGAAAAGGUUUUAAAAUAAUUAGCGCAUGCUUACUUUUACCGCAUGCCUUUGGUAAGCGCAGGAGUGAGGAAGAGGGUUUAAAUUAAUUAGUGCCCCGGCGGCAAUUCAAGGAAAUACGGUAUUUGGAGAACUUUGUCCAUUUGUUGUUUGUAAAUAAUGUUUGCUUUAAUAAAUGGGCGUCAAAUAAUUCUACCUGA